AUGAGCACGAUCAGCGAGCCCAUUCGGGGCUUUCACGCCACCAGAGGAAUGCCCACUGACUAUUAUGUUCAGGCAAUCCGCCGCAAGAUGGAAAACGAUCUCGCCAAGAAGAAGCAUGUGACGGGUCGAGCCCGGCACUCGAGGAAAGCCCCGCCCGGAACCGUCCUCGCCCUCAAGCCCAGCCAGGCUCUCCAGAUCAAGCCAGGCACCACGGUGGCCGAGGCGGCGCAGCUCAUGGCCGCCAAGCGGGAGGACUGCGUCCUGGUCACGGACGACGAUGAUAGAAUCGCGGGUAUCUUCACGGCCAAGGAUCUUGCCUUUCGCGUCGUUGGUGCCGGUCUCAAGGCUACCAACGUUACCAUUGCCGAGAUUAUGACCAAGAACCCGCUGUGUGCCCGAACAGACACAAGUGCGACCGAUGCUCUCGACUUGAUGGUCCGCAAGGGCUUCCGCCAUCUGCCUGUCAUGGACGAAAACCAGGACAUUUCGGGUAUCCUCGACAUUACAAAGUGCUUUUACGAUGCCAUGGAGAAGCUGGAGCGGGCCUACUCAUCCUCGAGGAAACUCUACGAUGCCCUGGAGGGAGUGCAAUCGGAGCUGGGCGCCAGUCAGCCUCAGCAAAUUAUUCAAUACGUCGAGGCUUUGAGGACGAAGAUGUCAGGCCCGACUCUCGAAUCCGUCUUGAACGGCAUGCCCCCCACGACUGUUGGUGUAAAGACAUCGGUUAAGGAGGCUGCGCAGAUGAUGAAGGAAAACCACACAACGGCCGUUCUGGUCCAGGAUCAGGGUCAAAUCACUGGUAUUUUUACUAGCAAAGAUGUCGUGCUUCGUGUCAUCGCUCCCGGUCUGGACCCUGGAAACUGCAGCGUAGUCAGGGUCAUGACGCCCCAUCCUGACUUUGCCCCCAUGGACAUGAGCAUCCAGGCUGCUCUCCGCAAGAUGCAUGACGGCCACUACCUUAACCUCCCAGUCAUGAAUGAUUCUGGAGAGAUUGUCGGCAUGGUGGAUGUUCUCAAACUUACAUAUGCCACUCUUGAGCAAAUCAACACCAUGUCAAGCGGCGACAACGAGGGCCCCGCAUGGAACAAGUUUUGGUUGUCCCUGGACAAUGAAACAGAAUCCAUGGUUUCUGGAGAUGGAUCACAUCACCAUUCCCACUCUCAUAUCCACCACCGUUCCGUUAUGUCACCAGACUUGACGCGCGAGCGAUUGGAUAGUGUUGCACCUGGAGACUCCGCUUCUCACGCCGGCGUAGAGUCUCCUGGCCACUCGAUCGUCCAGCACUCUCCUGAGCUACCCGUCAGCGAGAUUCCCUUCCCCUUCAAAUUCAAGGCUCCGAGUGGCAGAGUUCACAGGCUACAGGUGAUCGCUUCUCACGGAGUAGCUGCGUUCAUCACCAACGUCACUUCAAAGCUUGGCGGAGAAAUCGAGGCAGUGGGCGGUGCACCAGAGGUUACCGAGGACGGACAAGUCCGUGGUGGCUUCGCGCUCUCAUACCUCGACAACGAGGGCGACUCGGUCAGUAUCACAGCCGACCAGGAUCUACUCGAGGCAAUCCUGCUUGCCCGCCAAUCCGGUCGUGACAAGGUUGAUCUCUUUGUUCACGACCCUGAAAAGCCCCCUGUUGCCGUGGCAGCUCCUGCAGCUGUCCCACCUGCCCCCUCGGAGCCUGUUUCAGUGCCCAUUCCCACACCACCAGCCUCCAGUGUGGCCCGGGAGCGCAGGAGACGUAAGUCCCCUGCCAGCGAUGAAAGCGACGAGGAGGAAGAGUCGGAAGACGACGGAUCUUCAACCCUUAGAAGACCACGCCGGCAUCAACGUGCGGCGGCAGCCCAGCAGGAGCCGCUCAUCGCGGGCGUCCCUAACGAGUUGUUGCUUCCUGGCGCUAUCGUUACGCUCGCGGUUGUAAUCGUUGGUGUCUUUACCAUCUCGCGCGUCUCAAGCAACAACAGUUUCGAAGCUUCAGAGUCUCGCGUCGAAUUAGAAACUAAGCCAAACUCACAUGUCACCAUGAUUAUAAGAAAUAUAGCAGUCCGGCACGGCCGGUCUGCCUUUGCAGCUCCGGUUGCCCGCGCCGUAAAUGGCAGCACCAUCAGCGGCAUCCGCAGCAUCUCGACCGAGACCCUCUCGACCUCAGGCACCGUUCACGCUUCUACUCCGCCUACACACCCUCUCCCGAGCACUGGAACGGCAACAGCCACGGCCACGUCAGCCGCUCCCCUGGCAGUGCCCAGGGUGCUGGAUCCUCGUCUCCAGGCGCGGUUCGGCCAGACCCAAAAGGAAGAGGCGCCCGACACAACGGCCCGUGACUGGAUCGAGCUGAAGCGGUUCAAGAAGAAGACCUCGGGGAUUGGCUCUCAGCGUUCGACGCGGACCUACCGCCCCAGCGACCUGCUGCGCGACCCGCCCAAGCCCAAGGACGUGACCCUGGAGCUGCUGAUGGCGUCGCAGUGCCACAUGGGCCAUCACAAGUCGCUGUGGAACCCAUCCAACUCACGCUUCAUCUACGGUGUAAGGCAGGACAUACACAUCAUCUCGCUGGAGCAGACGGCUGCGCACUUGCGUCGAGCCGCGCGCCUGGUCGAGGAGGUCGCCUUCUGCGGCGGCCUGAUCCUGUUCGCCGGCACGCGCCAAGGGCACAUGGAGAUCGUGACGCGGGCCGCCGAGCUGAGCCGCGGCUGCCACCUGUUCAACAAGUGGACGCCCGGUACCAUCACGAACCGCGACCAGCUGCUGGCGGGAGGCGCGCUCAGGAUGGUCGAUGAGCACGACCGCGAGCUGCCUGGGUUCGAGAAGCACCUGCAGGAGCGGAGGCCCAUCACGCCGGAUCUCGUCGUGGUGCUUAACCCGCUUGAGAACAACAUCCUGCUGCACGAGUGCAAGGUGUCGCAGAUCCCGACGAUUGGUGUCAUUGAUACGAAUGCCGAUGUCACCAAGGUCACCUACCCGAUUCCGGCAAACGAUGACAGUCUGCGAAGCAUGGCCGUCAUUGCCGGCGUUCUGGGACGCGCCGGUGAGUUGGGCCAGAAGCGGCGUCUCGCGGACGCCAAGGGUGGCCAGGUGCACUGGGAAAACCCGGCGGACGUGGCACGUUUCUUGGAUGCGCUCAACCGGGAUGCCAUCGAGGCGACGCGCCAGCAGAUGGAGGUGGAAGUCAAAGAAGAGCAACGUUUGCUUGAGAAUGCUACCAUCAAGGAUCUGCUCAUUUAAUGGAGGCGUGUGCCCUGUAUGUUUUCACUCUCGUCGCCUAGCGCCACCGGAUCUUUUUGGGUUGUGUGGAAAGGGUUGUAUUACAUGUGAAUAAGUUUGUAAAAAUACAUUUGAAAGAAAUAGACAUUGUAUCCAUGGGGUUUCUUGACGCGCUGCGGCCUUUUAUAAUCU